GAUGCUCAUCUUUCAGCAACACACAAGUAAGAAUGAGAAACAGGUUCAUGAGUAUGAGAAAGUCUUGCAGAGUGGCAGGCAGGGGACUGCGCCCAGUCAUGGCGGACCACAGAAACAAGAUCCGACGAGCUGCACAGCAGGAGAGGAAGGCUAUCUGUAUCCUUCUGAGAGAAAUAAAUGUGGUCAGUUAAUCUGCGGCUUGGAAAAGGACAACAGCCAAUGCAGCAUGUUCAAGCUGCCCCCCUACUGGGCGGCCCAUGAGCCUGUCGAUAUGGUGGUUUGAUGUUGGAUGGAAAAUAAGAACCCCCCACAACAAACAGAGAGGGCUGGAACAGAGAGACUGGAACAGAGAAAGAGAGGCUAGAAAGGGAAGAACCAUCGACAGAUGGACUCUGUUGUGAUUAAAGAUGGCGGCAGCCUUUACUGCAGACUACGAAGGACGAUCCCCGAUCCAUAGAAAAGCGGUGGGAGUAGUCUGCGAUCCAACACAACAAAACCAAGAACCACACAGUAAGGUAAACCAGCAGGUAUGAUCUCUGCUUUUGAAUCUCGAGGAUGAAAACCACGGCUACCAGUAACUUUCCAUUGUGUUAUUCAUCGUUCUAUUAUGUCUGUUAUCGUUUUUCAUGUCAGUGCCAUACUGGUUCUGUUGUGUCCUCCCUCUCAUCAAAACCGAAGCACAUCAUUUGAUUUGACCAGUGAAUGUGCAUCCCAUGACCAGACGACUGAAGACCCCGAUAGACUGACCGCUUAAAUUCAUUUGAAUUUUUAUUCAUGCCAGCACAUGUCUGGCAAUGCUCUUUCACCAUUUGGUACAUGGUUGCGGAUGUAUGUCUUUGUAUUAUAUCACCAUAGGAAAUAUGGGCCUUUUUAAUAAGAUUUCUCCCUUCAUGUGGGAAUGUGGUGCACUGUGAGCUAUAAUAUCCAGCAAAAUAAACUCAAGUCUGAAAAUUGCUCAAUCCUCUGUGCCUAAUCCACUCCAAGGCUUGUUAGUCAUGAUAUAUUCAGCCAGGACAAAGGACAUCAGCAGGACUCCAGAAUACAUUUUCUGACAGUCUUUUGAUAUUACGCUUUCAUUUCAGAACUUAAAACAGACAGCGAAUAACUUUGAUACGCCUGACAUAUUAAAACCUUCUUAUCUAUAUAAACUUGGUCAAUUAUAUCAACUGUUUUAAGUGCCUCAAUCUAGUCUCUACGCCCCGUGUAUGUUUUCCAUUUUUAGUUUUUGGGCUUUAGAAGAUGUCUCGUCUUGCUUGUUGUUUCUUUUGUUCAUCUUAACUUUUAUUGAAUUCUUUGAAGACAGAAAAUUUGAAAAAAAUAUAUAAAUCUCUAUUGUGUGCACUGGGAGCAUUCAUUUUCACAUCGUAAUGGGCUUUUGUUCAUCAGAGUCUUCAGCAGAGAUAAGCCUAUUUCAGCCAAGGCCUAUACUAGGGAGUCUAAAUCCACACUGACAGGUGGAACAAAAGACAACUGAAAGGACUGAAUUGGGAAACAUGAAGUUGUCCUCUAACACUUAACUGCAGCAGGAUGUUUGAGACUUCAAAAAAUAUUGUAAAACAUCAGUGUAAUUCCCAAUAAGACACUGAAAUCAUUUGAACAUCUUUCUUUAGGAGCCCUAAAUAUAAUAAUAACUAUUUUGACAACCUUGAGAAUUAGCAUUUUUCUGUAAUCAGAAAUUAAUAUCACUGAUCAAUGAACACAUACAAAAUGAACACCUCUCAUUGAAAGCUUUUAAUAGCUACAUUUCUUCAACAAUUCGGACACAAAACACUCGUACGUGUGCUUAACUGAUUUAACAAAUAGCUCUGGUUCAUACAGUCACAGACCUGAAAUGUCUUCUUUUGUUCCUCUGUCUGCUGAGCAGCUCCACAUAGGCCCGUUGCUGAAGGGCUUCUUGUUUGUAGUUGCUGAGGAAAGGAAGAGUAUUUUUCCUUCACCCUCCACACAUUUCUAGCUGUUGAAGUGAUUCAAUUUACACACUUUCUGGUCACAGGACCUCUUUCUCUUGCAUCACUAAAACCUUUUAUUACUGCAGUUUUCUGUAAAAAUGUUUGUGAAUGUAGUUUUCAAAUAGGAUGCCUGUAGAAGUAGAAAUGCAGUAUCAUUUGAUAUAGUGAUACAAAGGAAAACAUCUUUGGUUCGGUCACCUUUUUCCUAAGUUAUCGUAAUGCUAAUAAAGCUUUACAGAAUGUGUACUCACAGCUGUUUAUGUGAUGAAAAAAGUAUUUCAUGAUAAACCUGACAGAUCAGUGAAGUGGAAUGUCUACAAUGUCCUUGGUUUGUACCGAUACCAUUCCCUCCAUGGUUAAUGAUGAAAAGUGAUCUAAAUAGUAAAAUAUGCCAGUUUUGAAACAAAACAAGCAAGUGGGUGCAGAUUAUGAGUUGUAGUUUAAGGUGUUGGAUCCAUAAUCAUCAGCAAAUGCCCAAUAGGCCACAGAAUAAAGGGUUUAGAAGAGAUUUGAUGUAUAUACAGUAUGUGUCUGCUUUACUUGAGUAUAUGUGAUCCUGAACCUGUUCAGGGUUGACUGAUGUGCAGUCACAUCAGGCCCUGUGAGCCGCAUCCGUUUGUAGACUGUGUUUUAAAGUUUGAGUUGUCGUGUCAUAGUCCUCCUCUUUUGAUUAAUGAGAAGCUGUAGCUGCUGGUGGAGGGACUGAUCUGAUAACCCACACCAGCUGUCUGCAGCAUUCAUUCACAUGUUCGAUUCCCUUAUUUCUCCUCAUCUGUUGUGUCCUUCAGAGGUUAGAUUCUGUCUUGAUUUGUGUAUGUUUUUAACCAUAAAAGUGUCACAUGCUGUUGCAAAAGGGAUAAUAAAAGGAGAUAGAGUGAAGGGGACAUUUUUGAUCCAGUAAAUCAUUAUGUUCAUGUUUCCCUGUUUGGAAAACUGUUUCAGUGGAGUUCACCAAGCAGCCUGAACAGGUUAGAGCAUAUAAGGGUCAUGAUAGACCUUUACAUUCAUUUUAAAUAUACAUUAUAAUUCUAUGCACAAGAAAUGUCUUAAACAUUGCAGAAAUUAAAUAUAGAAGCUCCUCAAUAUUAUUUUUAUCUGCUGUGUAUAAAGCAUACUUAACCACUUCUUCUUCUUCUUCUUCUUCUUCUUCUUCUUCUUCUUCUGCAGGAACAAAUGGAUGGCAAACACAAACUAUCAUGGCGACAUUCUGCUUCGGCCAGGCCUUCUGGUGUCGAGGUGAUGAGAGGGACGCUACUGUCACUGCAGCGUGAUGUGUUAAAUAAUCGUGCGAUGGAAUCCUCGGUAAAUGGACGUACUGCUGGAGGAUGUGUGAGGAAGACAAUCAAACUCAAGGAGUUUUUGUGCAGUGGCAUAAGUAGAGGUCUGGAUCUGAUAGUUGUGCAGUGCGGGCUCUACGGACACGUGGUUUAUGGAUGCUGGGACUAUGAGCAUAAGCGACAACAGGGACUACACAGCAGACCUGGGCGGCAGCUUCACUGAGGAUGCUCCUCGACCUCCAGUCCCAGGGGAAGAGGGCGAGCUGGUGUGCAGUGAUGGACGCCAGUACAGCAGCCCGGGCUUCUCCUCCAAGAGCGAGAGCCUCAAAUGUGAGGCGUCCGUGGCCACACCCAGGCGACCCGACUUGGACCUGGGUUAUGAGCCGGAGGGAAGCGCCUCGCCGACACCGCCCUACGUGAAGUGGGCAGAGUCUCUUCACUCCCUCCUGGACGACCAAGAAGGCAUCCAUCUGUUUCGGAUGUUCCUCAAGCAGGAGGAGUGCGGCGACGUGUUGGACUUCUGGUUCGCGUGUAGUGGCUUCCGUAAACUUGACGCCAUCGAGGGUAACGAGGAGAAGAAGGUCAAACUGGCAAAGGCGAUCUAUAAGAAAUACAUCCUGGACAACAAUGGGAUUGUUUCCCGACAGAUCAAACCAGCCACCAAGUCCUUCAUCAAAGACUGCGUCAUGAAGCUUCACAUCGAUCCUGCGAUGUUUGACCAGGCUCAGACUGAGAUCCAGACGAUGAUGGAGGAAAACACCUACCCCUUAUUUCUGAAGUCUGACAUCUAUUUGGAAUAUACUCGGACAGGAGGAGAGAGCCCGAAGCUGUACAGCGAUCACAGCUCUGUGUCUGGGAAUGGAAAGGGACUGUCCAGUUAUUUGCCGACUUUGAUUGAAGAUGAGGAGUGGAGGUGUGACCAGGAGCCCGAGGAGCAGCCCGAGUGUGACCCCACGCCGAGCAGCCGGCUCACCCAGAAGCUGCUGAUGGAGACGGCACCGCAGCGCGUCGCCAACAGCGCCAGGUUCCAGGACGGUCACGAGUACAGGAAUGCUCCAUGUCGGGAGCCCAUCAACCCGUACUACGUCAACAGUGGUUAUGCUAUGGCUCCGGCCACCAGCGCCAACGACAGUGAGCAGCAGAGUAUGUCCAGCGACGCCGACACCAUUUCCCUCACAGACAGCAGUGUAGACGGGGUUCCACCCUACAGAUACCGUAAACAGCAUCGCCGGGAGAUGCACGAAAGCGCCAAAGCAAAUGGGCGAGUGCCACUACCUCAUAUUCCACGCACAAACCGGAUUCCUAAAGAUAUACACGUGGAGCCGGAAAGAUUUGCUGCAGAGCUGAGCAGCAGACUGGAGGGCGUUCUGAGGGAGAGGGAGGCUCAAGAGAAGCUAGAGGAGCGGCUGAAGAGAGUACGAUUGGAAGAGGAAGGUGAUGAAGUCAUGUCCACAGCCGCAGCGUUAUCCAGUCACAGGUUCCCCCCUGGUGCUUAUCCGCAGAACUACAACUCACGCUUUGCUGACAACGCCUUCAGCGGUCCUCUUCUGAGAGACGCUCACGAGGAGAACCCGGAGAGCAUCCUGGACGACCACGUCCGGCGGGUCAUGAAGACGCCCGGCUGCCAGUCGCCGGGCACAGGCCGCCACUCUCCCAAGUCACGCUCCCCAGACGGCGUCCCAGGGGCAAAAGGGACGGGACUUGGUACGGCGCCUGGGAAACAUCCAUCCAGGCACGGUCUCAAGGGAGACGGCGGCCACCUGUACCACCACAAACACAUGCACCACACCCACCACGCUGGCGUCGGGAAGCCCAAAGAGCAGGUUGAGGCUGAGGCGGCAGUGCGUGUGCACGGCAACUUCCCCUUGAGCACGGAGACGAGUCAUUACGGAUCAAAGUCUCGCAGCUACGCAGAUGGCAUGGGAUCCAACUCCACGGAGCACACAGGCCACAGUAGCAAAGGUGGCACACAGUGCAAAAGGCCGUUCAAGAAAGGCGAGGAGGUGCGGCCUUGUGACAUGCCAGCGCCUGCAGAGGAGAUGGAGAAAAACCAGAAGAUCCUUUUGUGGCUGAUGGAAGGACAGAAAGAAAUGGUUCAGCAUAAGAGGAGUCCAUACGGGAGUACCACUGGGUCCAAGAGGACCACCAGCCACGAGGCUCAACCGUGGAACACCGUGCAGCCGUCGCACCCUUUCAUCCAGGAUCCCACCAUGCCCCCGAAUCCAGCUCCAAGCCCCCUGAUCCAGCUGGAAGAGGUGCGCCGGCGGCUUGAGGAGGAGAAGAUCAAGUCUGGAACUAUGCAGCCCAAGCAGAGGUACGUGAUGGAGGUGAUCCAGAGGGGUCGCACCGCCGUCAGGCCUGCCCUGUUCCCUCCGCUCAGCAUGGUGCCCGCCGUCUCUGACAGCGAGCUCUCCCAGCCCGAACACAAAGCCACUAAAAAGCAGCCGUGUGAGAAUAUUACUGUCGCGUAUUACUUCUGCGAGGAGCUGAUACCGUACAGGACGUCUGUCAGAGGGAGGGUCGUCUCGCUGGGCCAGUUCAAAGAACUGCUGACGAAGAAAGGAAACUACAGAUAUUAUUUCAAGAAGGUAAGCGACGAGUUUGACUGCGGGGUGGUGUUCGAAGAGGUGCGUGAAGAUGACGCCGUCUUGCCCAUCUUCGAGGAGAAGAUUAUCGGGAAAGUCGAAAGAAUUGAUUGACGGUCAUGUUGAAGAGGGAGGAGUCAAAAGAAGGCAGCGUGUGAUGGUGAAGAGGAAGUGUUUGACGAUUGAGACCAGAGGUGCAGAAAGAAGAACCAUAGAAGGGGAUCCAGAGUUGAGGAGCAAAGCAGUGGUCACGAUGGACGACUCGUGACUUUUGAGGCUCGGUAUCACCGCUGCAGAGACGGCGGACUGGAAGAAGAAAAAGACCUCAUUCACUUCUCCGGAGUGUAAUGUAGCAUUGUAAUGUUUACUAGAAAAAUGAAGGAACGAAAGUGCUACUAAAGCUACAUAUUUUUGAUAUGAUGCAUCAGAUUGUUUCUAAAGUAACCACACUUGUCUUUUUAUAUAUGUAUUGGUAACAGAUGUGUACAGUUUGUGUUAAAAGAUAACAACAUUUUAUAUCUAUUUAAGUAUUUAAAAUGCUCCUUUUCAAUCCUAUGGAAGCAGGAGAGUCGCCGCCGUUGAAGACGAUCAAAAUCCUUUUUAGGGCUGAAUUGUGUUUCUUUGAUUCAUUGUAAGAGCGCCCUCAGUGCUUUUAAAGAAUCACUUACCAGGACUUUAUUAUGUGGCAUUCAGUCAGUCUGCACUUUCAUUGUAUUAUAUGCCACUGACUAUAUCCCAACGUAGGCUGCAACAUCAAUUUCUAAAGCACCAAACAUGAGCGACCAGAAGACCUGAAUCCGCUGUAAAGUCUGCUGCAACCCAGCUCACCGGCCCAGCGUCUGAAGGUGGUACUCUUCACUCUGCAGAAGAUUUCUGGUCAUUUUUGAGGCUCAAACACUUUUCACAAAGUUAUUAUUUAUUGUAGGGCUGUUUUAUUGGGUUGCACGACUGCAUAUAGUUGCUGCUUAUCUAGUGUGUACUGCAUGUGAGUGUAGCUGAUGGCUGUGAGUAUGUACAGGUGAAGUUUUAAGAAAAUUGGCUAUAGAAGUAAUGCAACAAUAUUUUUUUUUUAAGGUGAAUAUCUAUGCAAGUUGGUUCCCCGAAUCCAAAAACUGCAAAGGGCUCCUAUAUUUAUUCACUCCGUAGGAAGUUAGGUCAAUGUUCAAAACCGUUAGAGGCGGGCUGGGCAAUAUACUGAUAUUGUAUCAAUAUCAUAUGAGACUAGAUGUCCUCUUAGGUUUUGGAUAUCAUAAUUUGGCAUAAGAGUUGACUUGUCCUGGUGUUAUAGGCUGCAUUACAGCAAAGUGAACUUACCAGACUGUUCUGUUAUUUGCCUUUUCCCACUUA